UAAGCUGCCACCUCCCCGGCCACCGCGGGCAGGCCCUCACCUCGGUGCUAGUCUGUAGGAUUCUUCACUCCCUUAGAGCAGUGGGCACUGGAGGGGACUGACCCUCGGCGCUCCCGACCCUGCCAGCACCCCCAGCCUCCUGCUCAGCACCUGGGCCGAAGCCCACUCCAUGGCCCCCGAGAUGGACCAGUUCUACAGGUCCACCAUGGCCAUCUACAAGAGUAUCAUGGAGCAGUUUAACCCUGCCCUGGAGAACCUGGUGUACCUCGGGAACAACUACCUCCGGGCCUUCCACGCUCUCUCCGAGGCGGCUGAGGUAUACUUCAACGCCAUCCAGAAGAUCGGGGAGCAGGCCUUGCAGAGCUCCACCUCGCAGAUUCUGGGGGAGAUCCUGGUGCAGAUGUCAGAUACCCAGCGGCACUUGAACUCCGACCUGGAGGUGGUGGUGCAGACGUUCCACAGGGAUCUGCUGCAACACAUGGAAAAGAACACGAAGCUGGACAUGCAGUUCAUCAAAGACAGCCGCCAGCACUAUGAGAUCGAAUACCGCCACCGAGCCGCCAACCUGGAGAAGUACAUGUCUGAGCUGUGGCGCAUGGAGCGCAAGAGGGACAAGAAUGCGCGGGAGAUGAAGAAUCUUCCCUCCCAAGAGAGCGUGAACCGGCUGCACGCACAGAUGCAGGCCUUCAUGUCCGAGAGCCAGCGGGCAGCUGAGCUGGAAGAGAAGCGGCGUUAUCGUUUCCUGGCCGAGAAGCACCUGCUGCUUUCCAACACCUUCCUGCAUUUUUUUGGCCGGGCCCGGAGCACGCUCCAGAACCGCGUGCUGCUGUGGAAGGAGCAGUCGGAGGCCAGCCGCAGCCCGUCGCGCGCCCACUCCCCCGGCCUGCUGGGCCCCGUGCUGGGGCCGCCCUACCCCUCGGGCCGCCUGACGCCCACCCGCCUGGACAUGCCCCAGCGGCCGCUCGCGGAGUUCAGCUCCCCGCGCAGCCGGCACGGCUCCGGCUCCUACGGCCCCGGCCCCGAGCCCGCCGCCGAGGCGAGGUCCGCGUCCCAGCUGGAGCCAGACCGCCGGUCGCUGCCCCGGACGCCGUCCGCCUCCUCGCUCUACGCCGGCAGCACCCAGCGCUCGCGCUCCAACUCCUUCGGCGAGCGCCCGGGCGGCGGGGGCGGCGGCGGGGGCGCCCGGAGAGUCCGCGCCCUCGUCUCCCACUCGGAGGGCGCCAACCACACGCUGCUGCGCUUCUCGGCCGGAGACGUCGUGGAGGUGUUAGUGCCAGAGGCCCAGAACGGCUGGCUCUAUGGCAAGCUGGAGGGCUCGUCCACGAGCGGCUGGUUCCCCGAGGCCUAUGUGAAGCCUUUGGAGGAGGUGCCUGUGAACCCCACGAACCCCUUGAGCCCAGUGACCUCCAUGAACCUGAUGAACCCUAUGAAUGAGCUACCUUCCAGAUCCUACCCCCUCCGGGGCAGCCACAGCCUUGAUGACCUCCUGGGCCGGCCGGGCAACUCUACAGCACCCUCGGAGUACUGGGACGGCCAAUCCCGCUCCCGAACCCCGAGCCGGAUACCGAGCCGCGCCCCCAGCCCUGCACCUCCGCCCUUGCUUAGUAGCCGCCGAAGCAGCGUGGGCAGCAUGGGGGUGGCGAGUGACGUCAAGAAACUUAUGUCCUCGGAACAGCACCCUCCAGAGCUCUUCCCUCGGGGCACAAACCCCUUUGCCACCGUAAAGCUGCGGCCCACAGUCACCAACGACCGCUCAGCGCCCCUCAUCCGCUGAGGCGCCCUCCUCCAUCCGGGGUCUGAGCUCGUCCCCACACCUGCUCAGGGGCUGUUGGGAGCUGGGGGCAGCAGCAGAAGCAGCAGCGGUGGACCCAAGAAGCCGGGGCUCUGGAACUGGGAGUGGCUGCCCCUCCCGGGGGACUGACCUGGGGUCUGGGACCUUCAAAGUAAAGCAGGCAGAAUGGGGGACAGGACAGUCCCUUCCCCUCCGAGGGCCCCAGGACUCUCCCUGGGGGCCUGCCUCGUGCACCCCACCCCCUUUCCCCUUCUCUGCCCCAGGAGGGAGGAGCCCCGCACACCCCCUUCCCCACCCCCCAUACGUCCUCUUGUUUAACUUUUGUAAACGGGGAGAAAUAAAGCAAGGAGACACAGCA